GAAGGCAUUCCGUGCGGAGUUGUCGUCCGAAGCGGUCGGUUCAGCACGCUUGCACUGGGCGAACCGUCGGCGAACGCGCCGGCGCCGCCGUCGGCGAUGGACCACGAAGAGGACAGGUCUCUGUCCCUGGGGACGGAGCUCUCGGCCUCCGUGCCGCCGCCGAGCCCCCUCACGGGAUGCUACCUGCUCGCCGUCAUCGGCGAGCCCCACACCCACGAGCACAAGGAGAUUAUACUGCAGCGGCUCGUCAAAGGGCUGCUGUCAUGGGACUCUGGCGAGCACCAGGUCGACUUGGAGAAGGAGCUGGCUACCCUCACGGCACAGGCACCCGAGGGGGAGGAAGCCAGAUAUGGAGAGAGACUCAUCCAAUACGCGUCCGAGAACCUCGUGACGGAGAUCCUGAUUCAUCCACAAAUGAACACGCUGAUGCAGUGCAUGAGGAACCUGCUCAGCUCGUUCACGCGGCACCGCCACCUGGUGCACGCGGGGUACACCUUCGCCGGCAACGGCUCCUGGAUCAUGCAAGACGGGACAUUCUCCCUAUCGGAUUUUACUGACGCCUACCAAGAGAACGAGGUUCAGCGCGUAAUUCGCGCAUAUGAGAACUCCAUCUCCAUCGACAUCCAUUGCGCCACCGGCGGCGGGGAGUGGCACAAGCUGCCCGACAUGCCCUUCGUUAAACACUGCAAGAUCAGGGUCAACCCCACGGACAUACUCGACUCUGGCUCUCAAGCCAUCAAGGACUUUAUCGCAUACCUGGACCCCUACGUAGUGCCAGCCAGCCUGGAACAGCUGCUGGUGUCAAGUGACGUGGUCGGCAACAUUCGCUUCAGCCACCCCACCUUGUACGUGUUCCCUGGUGGACAGGGAGAUGCCGCGCUCUUCGGCAUCAAUGGAUUUAACAUGCUGGUUGACGGCGGCUUCUCCCGCAAGGCUUGCUGGUGGGACUUUGCGCGGCACCUCGACCGCCUGGACGCGGUCCUGUUCACUCGGAUCAACAACUGCUCCGUGUCCGGCAUGGCCUCAGUACUGCAUCGCAAGGCGACAGCCAGCGUUUACCCUCAGAUUGGACACUUCUUUUGCAACCUUGAAGAACGCCGGGCGUUAGCUAGCCCCGACGGUGACAAGGACACAGACCCCCUGCUAGUGAGCCUGCUGCAGACCGGCUCCGACAUGAUGACGGACCUCCGCCACUUGAACCUCAAGCCGCAGCACUGCUACAGAAGUCCCGACCCCGUUAACCUGUAUCACAAAGUUGGACAUGGAACACUAGACAUGUACGUACUCAAUCCGUCCAAGGACUCAAAAUACGUUCGUGAUUUUCUCAAACGAUGGCAUAAUAGUGAACAAAAGUUAUUCGAAGGAGCUAGUAUAUCAGGACAAUUUAAUUUUCCCAUUCCGAACUUAGUGUCAAUAUGUGCGCUUUUAGUAUGGAGGCCAGCGAAUCCAGAUGAUACGAUCACUAGGAUAAUGUUCCCAGGAUCGACCCCACAGCACAAAAUAUUUGAAGGACUAGAAAGACUAAGACAUUUAGAAUUUCUUCAGCAUCCUACUUAUACAGGGCGACAGAUGACACCCGCAGCACCAGCGCCCACUGCGACGACCAUCACCACAACCGUCAAACAGACAAAGCAAACAAAAGUUAGUAAAGAAAGAAGUAUUAUUUCCGAAAGGAAAGAGGAAAAAACUCUUGACACAGAACCUAAAGUAAUAAGAGACGAAACUGAUUCUAAAAAUAUUAUUGAUAAUAGAUUAUUAAGUGAACUUGUAGAUGGUGAUGAUAAGAAAAUUGAAUCAGUUUUACAAGAAGCUAUCACUGCUAGAAUAGAUACUAAAUUAGAUGAUAAAUUUGCUCAAUAUGAGAGCACUGUAUUAGAUGGUUUACCAAAAAAGAAGGAUGCUAAGAAAAAGACGACUGAUAAGAAAAUUAAACGUAUUGAUAAGACUGAUGAUAUUAGAGAAACUAUUUUAAAAACCUCUGAAUCAAAAAAACUUGAAACCGAAACUAAAUUGAAAACAGAACUUAGGAAAAAGCCUGAAAAAACGAAAACAGAUGUGACAAUGACGCCAACAACAAAAAGCAAAGUUAGCGCUCGGACAGCACAGAAAAUAACUGAUAAGAAAACAACAACUACGCUUGACAAAAAAGGAGUUCUUGAUGACAAAAAAUCUCCUCCUACGACUCCAAAAAAAAUAUUAGACACAAAAACAGCUCCAUUACCCAUAAAAGAUAAAGUUAGAGCUAAAACGCGAAAACUAAGUCCAAGUAGUACACCAGCUAAAAGUACAAAAGAGGCAAAUAACCGCCGAGUUGUUGAAUCCAAAUACAAACAAGCAUCACCAAAGCGGGACUUGACACAAAAAGUACAAGAUAAAAGAGAACCAAAAACAAAACGAGAACCUAUUUCUCGUAGACCCAGACCAUUAGCUUCACCUAUAAAAGGAAUGAAAGCAUUAAAAAGUCCAUCCAAGUCAAUGAAAACCAUUAAAGCUGAUACAUCUAAAUUAAAAGGUCUUCAGAGAGUGAAUUACGAAGAUAUAUUAAAGGAAGCGAAAAAGUCGGACGAGGAUACUUCCAAAUCAUUAGAUGAUAUAAAGCAACAAGAACUAGAUGACAGAGAGGAACAAGAAAUUGUAAGAGAAAUUGAAGCUGUAUUCAACAGAGAUAGUGAAGCAGAAGAAAAAAUUGAAUUUGUUGGAAGAUCUGAUAUAGAAAAAAUAACAUGUUUACUUGAUGGGGCUAAAACAGAAACUACUGGUGACGGAGAAUUUGAAGAAGAAUAUUUAAUCAUAGAAAAAGAAGAAGUUGAUCAAUAUACCGAAGAAUCAAUGGCUGAUAAAGAAAGCAUACAUGAAAUUGAAGAUGAACAAAAACAUUUAAAGGAUAAAGAAGAUUCUGAAAAGAAAAAGAUGAAAAGUGAAAUAUCUACUGAAGACCAGCAGGACUAUGGUAAGGAGCAAAUAAAGACAGAAAUAUUGAAUGAAAAAGAAGCCAGAGGAAUCGAAUCAAAAGAUCAAUCUGUAAGUGUGGAAGAAAAACUAGAUAUCAGCAGUGAAAAGAAAACUGAUAGCAAAAGUGGUAUUGCUAAACCUAAAGACUCUCAAGAAAAUAUUAUACAAGAAUCACAUCUAGAUGAAAAAGUUUCUACUACAAUUGAAUCGGGCGCAACUACUGCACCAACUCUCCCUGAAGAUGAACGUAUUCCUUUAGAUGACAUCAAAGAAGAUUAUCAAAUUGAAGAAAAGCACGUGAAAGAAGAAACAAAAGAAAUUAUGCAUCCUCAAACACUUGUUGAUAUCCAUAAACCUGCAUCCAUUGAAAAAAGUCCUAAAAUAGAACCUCCUGCGCCUAUUCGAGAAAUUGUUAAAACUCCGGAUGAAGUCGCUGACUUACCCUUACACGAAGAAGUAGACUACCGAACCUAUGAAGAUAAAAAAACUCCAGGUGAAGAUGAUUAUAAACACAAACUUGGUAUUAGUUAUGAUCAUGAAAUUAAAGUACCAAAAGAUUUGCCGCUUUUAGACACAGAAUCCACAAUGCCAUCGAAAGUGAUGAAAACUAUUCAAGAUGAUAUUAUUGUUAAAACUGCUCAGCGUCCUUCACAUGCUGAGUUAGUGACCGUUACUCCCGGCUCGGCACCUGAGUCACCAAUGUAUCAAGAUCAAAUGAAAGUGUCAAUAUUGUCUGGACAAGAAUUAGAACCAGUUAAGGAGUACGAUGAUACUGCAUUUAAUUAUGGCCAGUAUACUGAAAAAUUAAGGGAAACUCAUAUAACAACAGUUCAUUCACCUAUAAAAGAUGAUUUAGUUGUCAUAGAGGGAAUCCCUACCAUGCCUGAAAAAAUACCAUCCAUACCGGAGGAUGUCGAAAAGGAAAUAGAAGAAGCAAGUAAAUUAGAUAUAUCUGAAAAACCUCUAUUAAGUCCUAAAGAUGUAGAAAAAAUUGUAGCUGAUGUUGCCGAAGUACUGAAAUCAGAUAAAAGUUUAGAUGAACUAAUAGCAGAAAAGUCACCAAUGCUACGGAAAUCUCCUGAAAUUUUUAGCACAUUUAAUGUAGUGGAUGAAAGUACUAUUGAAGCAACGAGAAAUUUCUUGUACAGUGAAAUAGAAAAAGGAGAUGAGGAACAAAAAGCUCUAAAAACAGACAGGGGACUGACAAAAUUACACCAGGAUAAUCUAGAAAAAGACCAAAGGAUUCAAAAAGAAGUCUCUCCUGUGAGAUCAAUAGGUUCUGAAGAUAUAAGUGAAGUAUCUGAUAAAACAGUUUUAAGUGAAGGUAAAAAAGUCAAACGUGAUAUUAAAGAAGAUAAAGGUAAGGGUGAAAUACUUGAAAAGAAGGAAACCCAAGUCAAUGGUUUUUCGACUGUUUCACAAAAACACGAAGAGAAAGAUCAAGUUAAAAAAGUCACCGAUGUUGAUGAUAUCAAACCAGAAAAGAGAUUAAGCGUAACGUUAGAUUCAGCAAAAACAUUGGAAAAACUUGAAGAAAAAAUAGCCGAUUUAAAGAAAAAGGAAGAUAAAACAUUUGAAAAAUCUGUACCCCAAAUCUUAAAAAUAGAUGAUAUAUCGGAAAAAGAGUUUCAUAAAUUAAAAGAAGAUAAUAUCACCAUCGAUAAAUCAAUUUUAAAACAAAAAAGCGAUAUCGACCUCAGUAAAGCUCUUGAAAAAGAACCUGCUACUGAGGAAGAAAAACAGCUAGGUCAUGAAAUUGUUGAUCAUAAGGAGAAAACGACAGAUUCUCGUUUGGAAAUGACUACAUAUAUAAAGAAAUUAGAUGAAGUGACCAGUCCUGAUAUCAUUCAAGACAUAAAAGAUUAUUCAAAACCUGUUGCAAUUGAUGAUACACUAAAAAUAAAGUCACAUAUCGAUUCUGACAAACUUGAUGAAAAGCAAGUAAGUUUAGAAAAAGAUACGACAAAACUUUUGAAAGAUAGUGAAAUACUUUCAAAACUCGAUGGUGAUGAGGUUAAAGGGUUAAAACCAGAAGAAAAGAAAAAGGAAAGUAAAUCCACGAUAAGUAGCUUCAUGAAUAAAUUUGACGAAAAAAUUAGCAAAGCUAAAGAAUUGUUUACUAAAAAGACCGACAAAACGUUUGAGCAAGAUGAUGCCUUAGAAACAAAACUAUCCCCUUCAAAAUUAGAUGAAUACAAAUAUGACGAGCAAACUUCAGUUAUUGAAAGAUUUGAUGAAAUAAUUUUCCCUAAAGUUCAACUAUAUGAGCAAUAUAUGAUUGUACUCGUUUCAUUUCAAAAGGAUAUUGAGGAAGAGCUUUCUAAAUUCAGGAUAUUUGGUGAACCAAAAGAAAGUGUAAAUAUAAAAAAAGAAAAUAUUAAAAUAGAACAAGUUAUAAUUGUGAGAACAACUAUCACUAAAAUGAUAACGACGAAAUAUGCGAACACUAACGGUGUUGUACAAAAAAUUAAAACUAUCACAAUUAUAACAAUAACUGAUAGCCACCCUGACGGGACAUCUUCAAUAAAAGUUGAUGGCAACACAACAUUAAGAGAAGUCGAAGACAUUGAAUCAAAUAUGAUAAAAGAAUUUAAUAUAGAAGAAGAUACAACGAGUGAAGAAAACUUUGAAGAAACUCCUUUAAAUAUAAAUGGCCAGAUAGUGAUUAAAAAAACGAACACAAUUACUACUAAAACAUUUUUAAGAAAAUACAAAAGUUUGAAAAAAAUUGUUAAAACAACUAUCGAAACUGAAACUGAUAUCAUCUUUGCAAAUAACUUAACAGACAAUGUCAAAACAACGAAGUUAUGUAUUUAUGAUUAUAAUACAUCAAAUAAAGACUUAACAAAUGAAAGAGUUGUCAAAAUCUUUGUAUCAUCACAAAAGUAUUUGAAAGAUAUAUCUAAAAUGCCAACUCAGCUACCAGAUAUAUUUUCAGUUCACAAGCAUAUAAAUAAAUUAUCAAUGAUACCAGUAAAAGAAAUAAUGUCAAGAAAAGACGAGCCAGUUGAAAAAGAACCGUCAACUGUAAAGGACAAAGAUAAAGAACAGAUGAUUGAGAAAUUCAGUCAAGAGCCUAGUCCUACAAAAGAGGUGCUUAGUCUUGAAAAGUUGAAAGAAAAAGAACCAAGUCCUGUUAAAGAAACAAAAGCCCCAAGUUCAGUCAAAGAAGACAUCAUUAAACCUAUCGUUGAAAAACCAACAGAAAAGGAAGAAAGUCCAGUUGAAGAGGUUGUUUCACCAGUAAAACCAUCCGACAAAGAACCUAGUUUUAAGAAAAAAGUUGCUAGAGGACCCGGUCCUGCAAAAGAAGUGCAUAGUCCUGAAAAACAAGCGGAAAAGGAACCCAGUCCUGUAAAAGAAACAAAGGCCCCAAGCCCAGUCAAAGACGAUAUAAUUCAAUCUAUUGUUGACAAACCAAGAGAAAAGGAACACAGUCCAGUUACAGAGGUACUGUCACAAGUGAAACCAUUGGAGAAAGAACCUAGUCCUGUCAAAGAUUUGCAUAGUCCUGAAAAGCAAGCAGAAAAGGAACCAAGUCCUGCAAAGGAGGUAGUUUCACCAGUAAAACCAUCUGAGAAAGAACCUAGUCCUGUACAAGAUUUGCAUAGUCCUGAAAAACAAGCAGAAAAGGAACCAAGUCCUGUCAAAGAAGUGGUUUCACCAGUAAAACCAUCUGAUAAAGAACCUAGUCCUGUAAAAGAUUUACACAGUCCUGAAAAACAAACAGAAAAGGAACCAAGUCCUGCCAAAGAGGUAGUUUCAGCAGUGAAACCAUCCGAGAAAGAACCAAGCCCUGCAAAAGAUGUGCUUAGUCCUGAAAAACAAGCAGAAAAGGAAUCAAGUCCUGCCAAAGAGGUUGUUUCAUCAGAAAAACUAUCCGAGAAAGAACCGAGCCCUGCAAAAGAUGUGCUUAGUCCUGAAAAACAAGCAGAAAAGGAAUCUAGCCCUGUCAAGGAGGUGGUUUCACCAGUAAAACCGUCUGAGAAAGAAUCUAGUCCUGCAAAAGACUUGCAUAGUCCUGAAAAACAAGCAGAAAAGGAACCAAGCCCUGCCAAAGAAAUGGUUUCACCAGUGAAACCAUCCGAGAAAGAACCGAGCCCUGCGAAAGAUGUGCUUAGUCCUGAAAAACAAGCAGAAAAGGAACCAAGUCCUGCCAAAGAGGUAGUUUCACCAGUGAAACCAUCCGAAAAAGAACCGAGCCCCGCAAAAGAUGUGAUUAGUCCUGAAAAACAAACAGAAAAGGAACUAAGUCCUGCCAAAGAGGUUGUUUCACCAGAAAAACCAUCCGAGAAAGAACCGAGCCCUGCAAAAGAUGUGCUUAGUCCUGAAAAACUAGCAGAAAAGGAACCUAGCCCUGUCAAGGAGGUGGUUUCACCAGUAAAACUGUCUGAAAAAGAACCUAGUCCUGUAAAAGACUUGCAUAGUCCUGAAAAACAAGCAGAAAAGGAACCUAGCCCUGUCAAGGCGGUGAUUGCACCAGUAAAACCAUCCGAGAAAAAACCGUCCCCUGUCAAGGAGGAGGUUUCACCAUUAAAACCAUCCGAGAAAGAACCGAGCUCUGCAAAAGAUGUCCUUAGUCCUGAAAAACAAGCAGAAAAGGAACCUAGCCCUGUCAAGGAGGUGGAUUCACCAGUGAAACCAUCUGAAAAAGAACCUAGCCCUGUAAAAGAUGUGCUUAGUCCUGAAAAACAAGCAGAAAAGGAACCAAGUCCUGCCAAAGAGGUGGUUUCACCAGUGAAAACAUCUGAAAAAGACCCUAGUCCUGUCAAAGAUUUGCAUAGUCCUGAAAUGCAAGCAGAAAAGGAACCAAGUCCUGCUAAGGAGGUAGUUUCACCAGUAAAACCAUCUGAUAAAGAACCUAGUCCUGUACAAGAUUUGCAUAGUCCUGAAAAACAAACAGAAAAGGAACCAAGUCCUGCCAAAGAGGUGGUUUUACCAGUGAAACCAUCCAAGAAAGAACCAAGCUCUGCAAAAGAUGUGCUUAGUCCUGAAAAACAAGCAGAAAAAGAACCAAGUCCUGCCAAAGAGGUUGUUUCACCAGAAAAACCAUCCGAGAAAGAACCGAGCCCUGCGAAAGAUGUGCUUAGUCCUGAGAAACAAGCAGAAAAGGAACCUAGCCCAGUCAAGGAGGUGGUUUCACCAGUAAAACCGUCUGAGAAAGAACCUAGUCCUGUAAAAGACUUGCAUAGUCCUGAAAAACAAGCAGAAAAGGAACCAAGCCCUGCCAAAGAAAUGGUUUCACCAGUGAAACCAACCGAGAAAGAACCGAGCCCUGCGAAAGAUGUGCUUAGUCCUGAAAAACAAACAGAAAAGGUUCCAAGUCCUGCCAAAGAGGUAGUUUCACCAGUGAAACCAUCCGACAAAGAACCGAGCCCCGCAAAAGAUGUGAUUAGUCCUGAAAAACAACCAGAAGAAGAACCAAGUCCUGCCAAAGAGGUUGUUUCACCAGAAAAACCAUCGGAGAAAGAACCGAGCCCUGCGAAAGAUGUGCUUAGUAGCGAAAAACAAGCAGAAAAGGAACCUAGCCCAGUCAAAGAGGUGGUUUCACCAGUAAAACCGUCUGAGAAAGAACCUAGUCCUGUAAAAGACUUGCAUAGUCCUGAAAAACAAGCAGAAAAAGAACCUAGCCCUGUCAAGGAGGUGGUUUCACCAGUAAAACCAUCCGAGAAAGAACCGAGCCCUGCGAAAGAUGUGCUUAGUCCUGAAAAACAAGCAGAAAAGGAACCUAGCCCUGUCAAGGAGGUGGUUUCACCAGUAAAACCGUCUGAGAAAGAAUCUAGUCCUGUAAAAGACUUGCAUAGUCCUGAAAAACAAGCAGAAAAGAAACCAAGCCCUGCCAAAGAAAUGGUUUCACCAGUGAAACCAUCCGAGAAAGAACCGAGCCCUGCGAAAGAUGUGCUUAGUCCUGAAAAACAAGCAGAAAAGUUUCCAAGUCCUGCCAAAGAGGUAGUUUCACCAGUGAAACCAUCCGACAAAGAACCGAGCCCCGCAAAAGAUGUGAUUAGUCCUGAAAAACAAGCAGAAGAAGAACCAAGUCCUGCCAAAGAGGUUGUUUCACCACUAAAACCAUCGGAGAAAGAACCGAGCCCUGCGAAAGAUGUGCUUAGUAGCGAAAAACAAGCAGAAAAGGAACCUAGCCCAGUCAAGGAGGUGGUUUCACCAGUAAAACCGUCUGAGAAAGAACCUAGUCCUGUAAAAGACUUGCAUAGUCCGGAAAAACAAGCAGAAAAGGAACCAAGUCCUGUCAAAGAGGUUAUUUCACCAGUAAAACCAUCUGAGAAAGAACCGAGCCCUGCGAAAGAUGUGCUUAGUCCUGAAAAACAAGCAGAAAAGGAAUCAAGUCCUGCCAAAGAGGUUGUUUCACCAGAAAAACUGUCUGAGAAAGAACCUAGUCCUGUAAAAGACUUGCAUAGUCCGGAAAAACAAGCAGAAAAGGAACCUAGCCCUGUCAAGGAGGUGGUUUCACCAGUAAAACCGUCUGAGAAAGAAUCUAGUCCUGUAAAAGACUUGCAUAGUCCUGAAAAACAAGCAGAAAAGGAACCAAGUCCUGCCAAAGAGGUUGUUUCACCAGAAAAACCAUCCGAGAAAGAACCGAGCCCUGCGAAAGAUGAGCUUAGUCCUGAGAAACAAGCAGAAAAGGAACCUAGCCCAGUCAAGGAGGUGGUUUCACCAGUAAAACCGUCUGAGAAAGAACCUAGUCCUGUAAAAGACUUGCAUAGUCCUGAAAAACAAGCGGAAAAGGAACCUAGCCCUGUGAAGGAGGUGGUUUCACCAGUAAAACCAUCCGAGAAAGAACCGAGCCCUGCGAAAGAUGUGCUUAGUCCUGAAAAACAAACAGAAAAGGAACCUAGCCCUGUCAUGGAGGUGGUUUCACCAGUAAAACCAUCCGAGAAAGAACCGAGCCCUGCGAAAGAUGUGCUUAGUCCUGAAAAACAAGCAGAAAAGGAACCAAGUCCUGCCAAAGAGGUGGUUUCACCAGUAAAACUGUCUGAAAAAGAACCUAGUCCUGUAAAAGACUUGCAUAGUCCUGAAAAACAAGCAGAAAAAGAACCAAGUCCUGCCAAAGAGGUUAUUUCACCAGAAAAACCAUCUGAGAAAGAACCGAGCCCUGCGAAAGAUGUGCUUAGUCCUGAAAAACAAGCAGAAAAGGAAUCAAGUCCUGCCAAAGAGGUUGUUUCACCAGAAAAACCGUCUGAGAAAGAACCUAGUCCUGUAAAAGACUUGCAUAGUCCGGAAAAACAAGCAGAAAAGGAACCUAGCCCUGUCAAGGAGGUGGUUUCACCAGUAAAACCGUCUGAGAAAGAAUCUAGUCCUGUAAAAGACUUGCAUAGUCCUGAAAAACAAGCAGAAAAGGAACCAAGCCCUGCCAAAGAAAUGGUUUCACCAGUGAAACCAUCCGAGAAAGAACCGAGCCCUGCGAAAGAUGUACUUAGUCCUGAAAAACAAGCAGAAAAGGAACCAAGCCCUGCCAAAGAAAUGGUUUCACCAGUGAAACCAUCCGAGAAAGAACCGAGCCCUGCGAAAGAUGUACUUAGUCCUGAAAAACAAGCAGAAAAGGAACCAAGUCCUGCCAAAGAGGUAGUUUCACCAGUGAAACCAUCCGAAAAAGAACCGAGCCCCGCAAAAGAUGUGAUUAGUCCUGUAAAACAAGCAGAAAAAGAACCAAGUCCUGCCAAAGAGGUUAUUUCACCAGAAAAACCAUCUGAGAAAGAACCGAGCCCUGCGAAAGAUGUGCUUAGUCCUGAAAAACAAGCAGAAAAGGAAUCAAGUCCUGCCAAAGAGGUUGUUUCACCAGAAAAACCGUCUGAGAAAGAACCUAGUCCUGUAAAAGACUUGCAUAGUCCGGAAAAACAAGCAGAAAAGGAACCUAGCCCUGUCAAAGAGGUGGUUUCACCAGUAAAACCGUCUGAGAAAGAAUCUAGUCCUGUAAAAGACUUGCAUAGUCCUGAAAAACAAGCAGAAAAGGAACCUAGCCCUGUCAAGGAGGUGGUUUCACCAGUGAAACCAUCCGAGAAAGAACCGAGCCCUGCGAAAGAUGUACUUAGUCCUGAAAAACAAGCAGAAAAGGAACCAAGUCCUGCCAAAGAGGUAGUUUCACCAGUGAAACCAUCCGAAAAAGAACCGAGCCCCGCAAAAGAUGUGAUUAGUCCUGUAAAACAAGCAGAAAAAGAACCAAGUCCUGCCAAAGAGGUUAUUUCACCAGAAAAACCAUCUGAGAAAGAACCGAGCCCUGCGAAAGAUGUGCUUAGUCCUGAAAAACAAGCAGAAAAGGAAUCAAGUCCUGCCAAAGAGGUUGUUUCACCAGAAAAACCGUCUGAGAAAGAACCUAGUCCUGUAAAAGACUUGCAUAGUCCGGAAAAACAAGCAGAAAAGGAACCUAGCCCUGUCAAGGAGGUGGUUUCACCAGUAAAACCGUCUGAGAAAGAAUCUAGUCCUGUAAAAGACUUGCAUAGUCCUGAAAAACAAGCAGAAAAGGAACCAAGCCCUGCCAAAGAAAUGGUUUCACCAGUGAAACCAUCCGAGAAAGAACCGAGCCCUGCGAAAGAUGUACUUAGUCCUGAAAAACAAAGAGAAAAGGAACCAAGUCCUGCCAAAGAGGUAGUUUCACCAGUGAAACCAUCCGAAAAAGAACCGAGCCCCGCAAAAGAUGUGAUUAGUCCUGUAAAACAAGCAGAAAAAGAACCAAGUCCUGCCAAAGAGGUUGUUUCACCAGAAAAACCAUCUGAGAAAGAACCGAGCCCUGCGAAAGAUGUGCUUAGUCCUGAGAAACAAGCAGAAAAGGAACCUAGCCCAGUCAAGGAGGUGGUUUCACCAGUAAAACCGUCUGAGAAAGAACCUAGUCCUGUAAAAGACUUGCAUAGUCCUGAAAAACAAGCAGAAAAGGAACCUAGCCCAGUCAAAGAGGUGGUUUCACCAGUCAAACCAUCCGAGAAAGAACCGAGCCCUGCGAAAGAUGUGCUUAGUCCUGAAAAACAAGCAGAAAAGGAACUAAGUCCUGCCAAAGAGGUUGUUUCACCAGAAAAACCAUCCGAGAAAGAACCGAGCCCUGCGAAAGAUGUGCUUAGUCCUGAGAAACAAGCAGAAAAGGAACCUAGCCCAGUCAAGGAGGUGGUUUCACCAGAAAAACCGUCUGAGAAAGAACCUAGUCCUGUAAAAGACUUGCAUAGUCCUGAAAAACAAGCAGAAAAGGAACCUAGCCCUGUCAAGGAGGUGGUUUCACCAGUAAAACCAUCAGAGAAAGAACCGAGCCCUGCGAAAGAUGUGCUUAGUCCUGAAAAACAAACAAAAAAGGAACCUAGCCCUAUCAUGGAGGUGGUUUCACCAGUAAAACCAUCCGAAAAAGAACCGAGCCCUGCGAAAGAUGUGCUUAUUCUUGAAAAACAAGCAGAAAAGGGACCAAGUCCUGCCAAAGAGAUUGUUUCACCAGUGAAACCAUCCGAGAAAGAACCUAGUCCUGUAAAAGACUUGCAUAGUCCUGAAAAACAAGCAGAAAAAGAACCUAGCCCUGUCAAGGAGGUGGUUUCACCAGUAAAACCAUCCGAGAAAGAAUCGAGCCCUGCGAAAGAUGUGCUUAGUCCUGAAAAACAAGCAGAAAAGGAACCUAGCCCUGACAAGGAGGUUGUUUCACCAGUAAAACCAUCCGAGAAAGAACCGAGCCCUGCGAAAGAUGUGCUUAGUCCUGAAAAACCAGCAGAAAAGGAACCAAGUCCUGCUAAAGAGGUGGUUUCACCAGUAAAACUAUCCGAGAAAGAACCAAGCCCUGCGAAAGAUGUGCUUAGUCCUGAAAAGCAAGCAGAAAAGGAACCUAGCCCUGUCAAGGAGGUGAUUUCACCAGUCAAACCGUCUGAGAAAGAAUCUAGUCCUGUAAAAGACUUGCAUAGUCCUGAAAAACAAGCAGAAAAGGAACCUAGCCCUGUCAAGGAGGUGGUUUCACCAGUAAAACCAUCCGAGAAAGAACCAAGCCCUGCAGAAGAUGUGCUUAGUCCUGAAAAACAAGCAACAAAGGAACCAAGUCCUGCCAAAGAGGUGGUUUCACCAGUGAAACCAUCCGAGAAAGAAGCGAGUCCUGCGAAAGAUGUGCUUAGUCCUGAAAAACAAGCAGAAAAGGAACCAAGUCCUGCUAAAGAGGUGGUUUCACCAGUUAAACCAUCCGAAAAAGAACCGAGCCCUGCGAAAGAUGUGCUUAGUACCGAAAAAUUAGCAGAAAAGGAACCUAGCCCUGUCAAGGAGGUGGUUUCACCAGUAAAACCAUCCGAGAAAGAACCGAGUCCUGCAAAAGAUGUGCUUAGUCCUGAAAAACAAGCAGAAAAGGAACCUAGCCCUGUCAAGGAGGUAGAUUCACCAGAAAAACCAUCUGAGAAAGAACCAAGUCCUGUAAAAGAUUUGCAUAUUCCUGAAAAACAAGCAGAAAAGGAACCAAGUCCUGCCAAAGAGGUGGUUUCACCAUUUAAACCGUCUGAGAAAGAACCUAGUCCUGUAAAAGACUUGCAUAGUCCUGAAAAACAAGCAGAAAAAGAAAUAAGUCCUGCCAAAGAAUUGGUUUUACCAGUGAAACCAUCUGAGAAAGAACCGAGCCCUGCGAAAGAUGUGCUCAGUCCUGAAAAACAAGCAGAAAAGGAACCUAGUCCUGUCACGGAGGUGGUUUCACCAGUAAAACCGUCUGAGAAAGAACCAAGUCCUGUAAAAGAUUUACAUGUUCCUGAAAAACAAGCAGAAAAGGAACCUAGCCCUGUCAAGGAGGUGAUUUCUUCAGUAAAACCAUCUGAGGAAGAACCUAGUCUUGUAAAAGAUAGUUCUGAAAAAGAAGCAGAAGAGAAACCAAGUGCCGCCAAAGAAGUCGUUUCACCAGUUCAACCAUCCGAGAAAGAUCAUAGUCCUGAGAAAGAUGUGCAAAUUUCUGAAAAACAAGCGGAAAAGGAACCUAGCCCUGUCAAGGAGGUGGUUUCACCAGUAAAACCGUCUGAGAAAGAACCUAGUCCUGCAAAAGAUGUGCAUAGUCCUGAAAAGCAAGCAGAAAUGAAAACAAGUACUGUAAAAGAGGUGGUUACUCUAGAAAAACCAACUGAAAAGGAACCUAGUCCCGCUAAAGAGGAAAAGGAAGACAAGAAGAGAAUAGCAGCCAGUCCAAUCAUGGAAAAAGACGUAUCAAGUCCUGAGAAACCAUCUGACAAAGGCCCAUCACCUGAAAAAAAGACAGAGGUGACCAGUGCUGCUACAAAGAUACCUAUUCCUAAAAAACCAUCAGAAAAAACACCAAGUCCCACCAAAGACGUAACUACCCAUGAAAUAUUAUCCGAGAGAGAACCAUCACCGGAAAAGGAAACUAAAGCAGCUAGUCCACUAGAAGAGGAAGACAAAAAGCCUGUUUUGGACGAAACAUUACAGACGGUACCAAGCUCCGCAAAAGAAAUGCCCAGUCCUGACAAAACGUUAGAGAAAGAAGGAAGCCCAACAAAAGACGUGCUCAGUCCUGCAAAACCAUCUGAGAAAGAGCCCUCACCAGAAAAGGAGACGAAGGUAGCCAGUCCAGUUAAGAAAGAUAGCGAGAAGCCUGCCAUUGACAAGCCAUCAGGUAAGGAACCAAGUCUCGCCAAAGACAUGCCUACAACUAAAAAACCAUCUGAAAAAGAACCGUCACUAGAAAAGGAAACAAAGGCAGCCAGUCCAGUUAAAGAAGAUGACGAAAAGGCUGUUGUGGAUAAACCGUUACAGAAAGAACCAAGCCCAGCCAAAGAUGUGCCCAGUCCUGAAAAACGAUCUGAGAAAGAGCCGUCACCAGAAAAGGAAACUAAGCCAGUCAGUCCAGUCAAAGAAGAUGACAAAACGCAUGUCUUGGAUAUACCAUUACAGAAAGAACUAAGCCCAGCCAAAGAUAUGCUCAGUCCUGAGAAAUCGUCUGAGGAAGAGCCGUCACCAGAAAGGGAAACAAAAGUGGCCAGUCCAGUCAAGAAAGAUGGCGAGAAGCCUGCCGUUGAAAAGUCAUUAGAUAAGGAACGAAGUCCCCCCAAAGACGUGCCUACAACUAAGAAACCAUCUGAGAAAGAGCCGUCGCCAGACAAGGAGACGAAGGCAGCCAGUCCAUUUAAAGAAGACGACAAAAAGCCUGUUCUGGAUAAACCGUUGCAGAAAGAACAAAGCCCAGCCAAAGAUGUGCCUAGUCCUGAAAAACCAUCUGAGAAAGAGCCAUCACCAGAAAAGGAAACUAAGGCAGCCAGUCCCGUCAAAGAAGACGACAAAAAGCCUGUUCUGGAUAAACCGUUACAGAAAGAAACAAGCCCAGCUAAAGAUGUGCCCAGUCCUGAAAAACCAUCUGAGAAAGAGCCGUCACUAGAAAAGGAAACUAAGGCAGCCAGUCCUGUCAAAGAAGACGACAAAAAGGCUGUUGUGGGUAAACAGUUACAGAAAGAACCAAGCCCAGCCAAGGAUGUUCACAGUCUUGAUAAACCAUCUGAGAAAGAGCCGUCACCAGAAAAGGAGAUGAAGGUAGUUAGUCCAGUUAUAGAAGACGCCAAAAAGCCUGUUCUGGAUGAACCAUUACAGAAAGAACAAAGCCCAGCCAAAGAUUUGCCCAGUCCUGUGAAACCAUCUGAGAAAGAGCCGUCACCAGAAAAGGAAACAAAGGCAGCCAGCCCAGUCAAAGAACACGACAGAGAGCCUGUUCUGGAUAAACCGUUACAGAAAGAACAAAGCCCAGCAAAAGAUGUGCCCAGUCCUGAGAAACCAUCUGAGAAAGAGCCGUCACCAGAAAAGGAAACAAAGGCAGCCAGUCCCGUCAAAGAAGAAGACAAAAAGCCUGUUCUGGAUAAACCAUUACAGAAAGAACAAAGCCCAGCCAAAGAUGUGCCCAGUCUUGAGAAACCAUCUGAGAAAGAGCCGUCACCAGAAAAGGAAACAAAGGCAGCCAGUCCAGUCAAAGAAGACGACAAAAAGCCUGUUCUGGAUAAACCAUUACAGAAAGAACCAAGCCCAGCCAAAGAUGUGCCCAGUCCUGAGAAACCAUCUGUGAAAGAGCCGUCACCAGAAAAGGAAACAAAGGCAGCCAGUCCAGUCAAAGAAGACGACAAAAAGCCUGUUCUGGAUAAACCGUUACAGAAAGAACCAAGUCCAGCCAAAGAUGUGCCCAGUCCUGAAAAACCAUCUGAGAAAGAGCCGUCACCAGAAAAGGAAAUUAAGGCAGCCAGUCCUGUCAAAGAAGACGACAAAAAGACUCUUGUGGAUAAACCGUUACAGAAAGGACCAAGCCCAGCCAAAGAUGUGCCCAGUCCUGAAAAACGAUCUGAGAAAGAGCCGUCACCAGAAAAGGAAACUAAGCCAGUCAGUCCAGUCAAAGAAGAUGACAAAACGAAUGUCUUGGAUAUACCAUUAAAGAAAGAACUAAGCCCAGCCAAAGAUGUGCUCAGUCCUGAAAAAUCGUCUGAGGAAGAGCCGUCACCAGAAAGGGAAACAAAAGUGGCCAGUCCAGUCAAGAAGGAUGGCGAGAAGCCUGCCGUUGAAAAGUCAUUAGAUAAGGAACGAAGUCCCCCCAAAGACGUGCCUACAACUAAGAAACCAUCUGAGAAAGAACCGUCACCAGAAAAGGAAACAAAGGCAGCCAGUCCAGCCAAAGAGGAUGACAAAAAGCCUGUUCUGGAUAAACCGUCGCAAAAAGAACAAAGCCCAGCCAAAGAUGUGCCUAGUCCUGAGAAACCAUCUGAGAAAGAGCCGUCACUAGACAAGGAAAUUAAGGCAGCCACUCCCGUCAAAAAAGACGACAAAAAGCCUGCUUUGGAUAAACCGUUACAGAAAGAGCCAAGCCUAGCCAAGGAUGUGCCCAGUCCUGAAAAACCAUCUAAAAAAGAGCCGUCACCAGAAAAGGAAAUUAAGACAGCCAGCCCAGUCAAAGAACACGACAGAGAGCCAGUUCUGGAUAAACCGUUACAGAAAGAACCAAGUCCAGCCAAGGAUGUUCCCAGUCUUGAUAAACCAUCUGAUAAAGAGCCGUCACAAGAAAAGGAAAUGAAAGUAGCCAGUCCAGUUGAAGAAGACGACAAAAAGCCUGUUCUGGAUAAACCGUUACAGAAAGAACCAAGUGCAGUCACAGAAGUGCUGAGUCCUGAGAAACCAUCUGAGAAAGAGCCGUCACCAGACAAGGAAAUUAAGGCAGCCAGUCCAGUCAAAGAAGACGACAAAAAGCCUGUUCUGGAUAAACCGUUACAGAAAGAACCAAGCCCAGCCAAAGAUGUGCCCAGUCCUGAAAAACCAUCUGAGAAAGAGCCGUCACCAGAAAAGGAGACGAAGGCAGCCAGUCCAGUCAAAGAAGACGACAAAAAGCCUGUUCUGGAUAAACCGUCGCAGAAAGAACAAAGCCCAACCAAAGAUGUACAUAGCCCUGAAAAACCAUCUGAGAAAGAGUCGUCACCAGAAAAAGAAACUAAGGCAGCUAGUCCAGUCAAAGAAGACGACAAAAAGCCUGUUCUAGAUAAACCGUUACAGAAAGAACCAAGCCCAGCCAAAGAUGUGCCCAGUCCUGAAAAACCAUCUGAGAAAGAGCCGUCACCAGAAAAGGAAACUAAGGCAGCCAGUCCAGUCAAAGAAGACGACCAAAAGCCUGUUCUGGAAAAACCGUUACAGAAAGAACCAAGCGCAGCCAAAGAUAUGCCCAGUCCUGAGAAACCAUCUGAGAAAGAGUCAUCACCAGAAAUAGAAACCAAGGCAGCCAGCCCAGUCAAAGAAGACGACGAAAAGCCUGUUCUGGAUAAACCGUUACAGAAAGAACCAAGCCCAGCCAAAGAUGUGCCCAGUCCUGAAAAACCAUCUGAGAAAGAGCCGUCACCAGACAAGGAAAUUAAGGCAGCCAGUCCCGUCAAAGAAGACGACAAAAAGCUUGUUCUGGAUAAACCGUUACAGAAAGAACAAAGCCCAGCCAAAGAUGUGCCCAGUCCUGAGAAACCAUCUGAGAAAGAGCCGUCACCAGAAAAGGAAACAAAGGCAGCCAGUCCAGUCAAAGAAGCCGACAAAAAGCCUGUUCUGGAUAAACCGUUACAGAAAGAACCAAGCCCAGCCAAAGAUGUGCCCAGUCCUGAAAAACCAUCUGAGAAAGAGCCGUCACCAGAAAAGGAAACUAAGGCAGCCAGUCAAGUCAAAGAAGACGACAAAAAGCCUGUUCUGGAUAAACCGUUACAGAAAGAACCAAGCCCAGUCAAAGAUGUGCCAAGUCCUGAAAAACCAUCUGAGAAAGAGCCGUCACCAGAAAAGGAAACUAAGGCAGCCAGUCAAGUCAAAGAAGACGACAAAAAGCCUGUUCUGGAUAAACCGUUACAGAAAGAACCAAGCCCAGUCAAAGAUGUGCCCAGUCCUGAGAAAUCAUCUGAGAAAGAGCCGUCACCAGAAAAGAAGACGAAGGCAGCCAGUCCAGUCAAAGAAGACGACAAAAAGCCUGUACUGGAUAAACCGUCGCAGAAAGAACAAAGCCCAGCCAAAGAUGUGCCUAGUCUUGAGAAACCAUCUGAGAAAGAGCCGUCACCAGAAAAGGAAACUAAGGCAGCCAGUCCAGUCAAAGAAGACGACAAAAAGCCUGUUCUGGAUAAACGGUUACAGAAAGAACCAAGCCCAGCCAAAGAUGUGCCCAGUCCUGAAAAACCAUCUGAGAAAGAGCCGUCACCAGAAAAGGAAAUUAAGGUAGCCAGUCCUGUUCUGGGUAAAUUGGUACAGAAAGAACAAAGCCCAAGCAAAGAUAUGCCCAGUCCUGAGAAACCAUCUGAGAAAGAGCCGUCACCAGACAAGGAAAUUAAGGCAGCCAUUCCUGUCAAAGAAGACGACAAAAAGCCUGUUCUGGAUAAACAAUUACAGAAAGAACCAAGCCCAACCAAAGAUGUACAUAGCCCUGAAAAACCAUCUGAGAAAGAGUCAUCACCAGAAAAAGAAAUUAAGGCAGCCAGCCCAGUCAAAGAAGACGACGAAAAGCCUGUUCUGGAUAAACCGUUACAGAAAGAACCAAGCCCAGCCAAAGAUGUGCCCAGUCCUGAGAAACCAUCUGAGAAAGAGCCGUCACCAGAAAAGGAAACUAAGGCAGCCAGACCAGUCAAAGAAGACGACCAAAAGCCUGUUCUGGUAAAACCGUUACAGAAAGAACCAAGCCCAGCCAAAGAUGUGCCCAGUCCUGAGAAACCAUCUGAGAAAGAGUCAUCACCAGAAAAAGAAACCAAGGCAGCCAGCCCAGUCAAAGAAGACGACAAAAAGCCUGUUCUGGAUAAACCGUUACAGAAAGAACCAAGCCCAGCCAAAGAUGUGCCCAGUCCUGAAAAACCAUCUGAGAAAGAGCCGUCACCAGACAAGGAAAUUAAGGCAGCCAGUCCCGUCAAAGAAGAUGACAAAAAGCCUGCUUUGGAAAAACCGUUACAGAAAGAACUAAGCCCAGCCAAAAAUGUGCCCAGUCCUGAGAAACCAUCUGUGAAAGAGCCGUCACCAGAAAAGGAAACAAAGGCAGCCAGUCCUGUCAAAGAAGACGACAAAAAGCCUGUUCUGGAUAAACCGUUACAGAAAAAACCAAGUCCAGCCAAAGAUGUGCCCAGUCCUGAAAAACCAUCUGAGAAAGAGCCGUCACCAGAAAAGGAGACGAAGGCAGCCAGUCCAGUCAAAGAAGACGACAAAAAGCCUGUUCUGGAUAAACCGUCGCAGAAAGAACAAAGCCCAGCCAAAGAUGUACCCAGUCCUGAAAAACCAUCUGAGAAAGAGCCGUCAACAGAAAAAGAGACGAAGGCAGCCAGUCCAGUCAAAGAAGACGACAUGAAGCCUGUUCUGGAUAAACCGUCGCAAAAAGAACAAAGCCCAGCCAAAGAUGUGCCUAGUCCUGAGAAACCAUCGGAGAAAGAGCUGUCACCAGAAAAGGAAACUAAGGCAGCCAGUCCAGUCAAAGAAGACGACAAAAAGCCUGUUCUGGAUAAACCGUUACAGAAAGAACCAAGCCCAGCCAAAGAUGUGCCCAGUCCUGAAAAACCAUCUGAGAAAGAGCCGUCACCAGACAAGGAAAUUAAGGCAGCCAGUCCUGUCAAAGAAGAUGACAAAAAGCCUGCUUUGGAAAAACCGUUACAGAAAGAACUAAGCCCAGCCAAAGAUGUGCCCAGUCCUGAGAAACCAUCUUUGAAAGAGCCGUCACCAGAAAAGGAAACAAAGGCAGCCAGUCCAGUCAAAGAAGACGACAAAAAGCCUGUUCUGGAUAAACCGUUACAGAAAGAACAGAGUCCAGCCAAAGAUGUGCCCAGUCCUGAAAAACCAUCUGAGAAAGAGCCGUCACCAGAAAAGGAGACGAAGGCAGCCAGUCCAGUCAAAGAAGACGACAAAAAGCCUGUUCUGGAUAAACCGUCGCAGAAAGAACAAAGCCCAGCCAAAGAUGUACCCAGUCCUAAAAAACCAUCUGAGAAAGAGCCGUCACCAGAAAAGGAGACGAAGGCAGCCAGUCCAGUCAAAGAAGACGACAAAAAGCCUGUUCUGGAUAAACCGUUACAGAAAGAACCAAGCCCAGCCAAAGAUGUGCCCAGUCCUGAAAAACCAUCUGAGAAAGAGCCGUCACCAGACAAGGAAAUUAAGGCAGCCAGUCCCGUCAAAGAAGACGACAAAAAGCCUGCUUUGGAAAAACCGUUACAGAAAGAACUAAGCCCAGCCAAAGAUGUGCCCAGUCCUGAGAAACCAUCUUUGAAAGAGCCGUCACCAGAAAAGGAAACAAAGGCAGCCAGUCCAGUCAAAGAAGACGACAAAAAGCCUGUUCUGGAUAAACCGUUACAGAAAAAACCAAGUCCAGCCAAAGAUGUGCCCAGUCCUGAAAAACCAUCUGAGAAAGAGCCGUCACCAGAAAAGGAGACGAAGGCAGCCAGUCCAGUCAAAGAAGACGACAAAAAGCCUGUUCUGGAUAAACCGUCGCAGAAAGAACAAAGCCCAGCCAAAGAUGUACCCAGUCCUGAAAAACCAUCUGAGAAAGAGCCGUCACCAGAAAAAGAGACGAAGGCAGCCAGUCCAGUCAAAGAAGACGACAUGAAGCCUGUUCUGGAUAAACCGUCGCAAAAAGAACAAAGCCCAGCCAAAGAUGUGCCUAGUCCUGAGAAACCAUCGGAGAAAGAGCUGUCACCAGAAAAGGAAACUAAGGCAGCCAGUCCAGUCAAAGAAGACGACAAAAAGCCUGUUCUGGAUAAACCGUUACAGAAAGAACCAAGCCCAGCCAAAGAUGUGCCCAGUCCUGAAAAACCAUCUGAGAAAGAGCCGUCACCAGACAAGGAAAUUAAGGCAGCCAGUCCUGUCAAAGAAGAUGACAAAAAGCCUGCUUUGGAAAAACCGUUACAGAAAGAACUAAGCUCAGCCAAAGAUGUGCCCAGUCCUGAGAAACCAUCUUUGAAAGAGCCGUCACCAGAAAAGGAAACAAAGGCAGCCAGUCCAGUCAAAGAAGACGACAAAAAGCCUGUUCUGGAUAAACCGUUACAGAAAGAACAGAGUCCAGCCAAAGAUGUGCCCAGUCCUGAAAAACCAUCUGAGAAAGAGCCGUCACCAGAAAAGGAGACGAAGGCAGCCAGUCCAGUCAAAGAAGACGACAAAAAGCCUGUUCUGGAUAAACCGUCGCAGAAAGAACAAAGCCCAGCCAAAGAUGUACCCAGUCCUAAAAAACCAUCUGAGAAAGAGCCGUCACCAGAAAAGGAGACGAAGGCAGCCAGUCCAGUCAAAGAAGACGACAAAAAGCCUGUUCUGGAUAAACCGUUACAGAAAGAACCAAGCCCAGCCAAAGAUGUGCCCAGUCCUGAAAAACCAUCUGAGAAAGAGCCGUCACCAGACAAGGAAAUUAAGGCAGCCAGUCCCGUCAAAGAAGACGACAAAAAGCCUGCUUUGGAAAAACCGUUACAGGAAGAACUAAGCCCAGCCAAAGAUGUGCCCAGUCCUGAGAAACCAUCUUUGAAAGAGCCGUCACCAGAAAAGGAAACUAAGGCAGCCAGUCAAGUCAAAGAACACGACAGAGAGCCAGUUCUGGAUAAACCGUUACAGAAAGAACCAAGUCCAGCCAAAGAUGUGCCCAGUCCUGAAAAACCAUCUGAGAAAGAGCCGUCACCAGAAAAGGAGACGAAGGCAGCCAGUCCAGUCAAAGAAGACGACAAAAAGCCUGUUCUGGAUAAACCGUCGCAGAAAGAACAAAGCCCAGCCAAAGAUGUACCCAGUCCUGAAAAACCAUCUGAGAAAGAGCCGUCACCAGAAAAGGAAACAAAGGCAGCCAGUUCAGUAAAAGAUGAUGUCAAAAAGCCUGUUUUGGAUAAACCGUUACAGAAUGAACCAAGCCCAGCCAAAGAUGUGCCUAGUCCUGAGAAACCAUCGGAGAAAGAGCUGUCACCAGAAAAGGAAACUAAGGCAGCCAGUCCAGUCAAAGAAGACGACAAAAAGCCUGUUCUGGAUAAACGGUUACAGAAAGAACCAAGCCCAGCCAAAGAUGUGCCCAGUCCUGAAAAACCAUCUGAGAAAGAACCAAGUCCAGCCAAAGAUGUGCCCAGUCCUGAAAAACCAUCUGAGAAAGAGCCGUCACCAGAAAAGGAGACGAAGGCAGCCAGUCCAGUCAAAGAAGACGACAAAAAGCCUGUUCUGGAUAAACCGUCGCAGAAAGAACAAAGCCCAGCCAAAGAUGUACCCAGUCCUGAAAAACCAUCUGAGAAAGAGCCGUCACCAGAAAAGGAGACGAAGACAGCCAGUCCAGUCAAAGAAGACGACAUGAAGCCUGUUCUGGAUAAACCAUCGCAAAAAGAACAAAGCCCAGCCAAAGAUGUGCCUAGUCCUGAGAAACCAUCGGAGAAAGAGCUGUCACCAGAAAAGGAAACUAAGGCAGCCAGUCCAGUCAAAGAAGACGACAAAAAGCCUGCUUUGGAUAAACCGUUACAGAAAGAACCAAGCCCAGCCAAGGAUGUUCCCAGUCUUGAUAAACCAUCUAAGAAAGAGCCGUCACCAGAAAUUGAAACAAAAGUGGCCAGUCCAGUCAAAGAAGAUGACAUAAAGUCUGUUCUGGACAAACCAUUACAGAAAGAACCAAGCCCAGCCAAAGAUAUGCCCAGUCCUGAGAAACCAUCUGAGAAAGAACCGUCACCAGAAAAGGAAACAAAGGCAGCCAGUUCAGUAAAAGACGAUGUCAAAAAGCCUGUUUUGGAUAAACCGUUACAGAAAGAACCAAGCCCAGCCAAAGAUGUGUCUAUUCCUGAGAAAUUAUCUGUGAAAGAACCAUCACCAGAAAAGGAAACAAAGGUAGUCAGACCAGUGAAGGAGGACGACGUAAAGCUGAUUCUAGACAAACCACUACUGAAAGAACCCAGCCUAGCCCAAGAUAUACCCAGUCCUGAGAAACCAUCAGAGAAAGAGCCUUCACCAGAAAAGGAAAAGGUAACCAGUCCAGUCAAGGAGAACGACACAAAGUAUGUAGUUGCAAAGCCCGCGGAAAAGGAAUUAAGCCCUUCCAAAACAGUAACUACUCCUAAGAAACCAUCUGGAAAAGAACUGUCCCCGGAAAAAGAAACCAAGGCAACCAAUCUAGUCAUGGAGGAUGAUAAUACUAUUUUUGAUCUCCAUCAAUUUUCUGUUAUUGAAGAUACAUCCGUCACCGAAGAAAAACAAGAGAAAAAUAUAUUUGUUAAUGGUAAUAAUAUUUUACAAAUUUUAACAACUACUACCACCAAAGAAGUUUUAACCAACAUAUCAAGAUCUAGUCGCAAACUCCGAACUACUGUAGUGACAAUAACUGAAUCUGUUUUGCCAGAUGGAAUUAGAGAAAGAACAAAGGAUGUUAAAGUUUAUAUUUCAGACUACGAUAUUGAAAUAGAUGGUUCUCGAGAUUUUGAACAAGUCGGUUUACCUAUCGUUACAACUGUUACGGAAACUAGGACACUUUACGUUAAUCAAGAAGAAAUAAAACAAACUAUAACUAAAACGACCACUAGACAACUUUUACGGAACAUUCAAAAUAAUGAAAAAAUUGUGAGAGUUACUAUUGAAACAAUUACUGAAGAUGUUCAUUCAGAUGGUACCAAAAACAUUAGCACCAGUGAAUAUAUAACAUUAUUAGAUGAAUCUUUUGAUUUAAAAUUCACGGAAUUCAUUCAACCAAUUAAUACAGAAUCAUCAUCUUCGAUACAAACCGAUCAAGUGACUGGCGAUUCAAGUACAUCUGAUAUUGAAUCGUCUAAGGUGCGGCAUGUAACAGAUACAGAGUUGGCUAUUCCUGAAGGUUUCUGUCUUGUUGAGGAACCUAAAGAAAUCACUACAACAAAAACAGAAUCUUUAUUGGAAAAUGGUGUUACAAUUAAAAGAAAAACUACUAUAGUAACAGUUAAACAUGUUUUUGCCCAAGAACAAAACAACAUAUUUAGAACUAGAACAAAAACUAAAACUACAAUUGAAGAUGAAUAUCCUGAUGGAAGUACAAAUGUAAAAACAAGCGAAGAAAUUUAUUUCAUCGAUGAAAUUCAUGAAGCUGAUAAAAUAGAAACUAUUUCAGAAGAAACGACAGAUGACUUUGAAGGGUUUGAAUUAAUAAAUGAUCCAGUUGAAGAAACCAAAACAGAUGUUGUUUCUCUUACAGAAAAUGGUAUCCCUAUAAAACGAAAAUAUACCGUUAAAAAAAUAACUAAAUCUUUCUAUAAUCUAUCCAAGAAAGUUAAACGAGUAAAAGUUAUCACUACAACAACUACAGAAGAUGAAUACCCAGAUGGUAACAUAAGUAUAAAAACGAGUGAAGAAACUUCAAUCAUUGAUGAAGUUUUAGAUACUGCGUUCUUAUUGGAAAAACUCAAAGAAAGGGAAGUUGUGACAAAAGAAUUAGAAAAAUACCAAGAAGAAGAUAUUAAUGAAAAAGUAUCUGUUAUGUUGAAUGGGCAUUCUUCAAUAGAAGAUUUAUCUGUUACGACAAGGCAACACGAACCUAAAUCGAGCAACGAACAAGAUAAAAUAAUACCUACAACUUCAGAAAGACGUGGUCUGAAGGAAGACACAGAAGAGUUUUAUGAUGACUUAAAUAAAAUCAGUGAAGGCAGUAAACAAGUUGCUUCCUUACAGAAAAAGACCCACGAUGAAAUCAACAGAAACUUAAAAACAUACGGCCGGACAAAGGUAGCAAUGGAAACAGAGCAAAUGCUACAUGAAGAGAGGACACUUACAUCACAACAUGUGACUGAUUUGAAUAAGAUAACUGAUCCUAUCAGUAAAGAUGCUUCUGGCAAAAAAAUUGAAUCUUUAACAGAUAUAAGCAAUAUUGAUGGAGGAGAUAUCUCGAAAACAGUAGUUCAUAGUAGUUCUGAAGACAUUUCGAGAGAAACAAGCUUAGAAGAAAAAUAUUCAUUUGAAAGCACUGAGAAGAGUGAGAAAGUACUUAUUAAGAAAGAAAAACAACCUUUUGAAGAAAGCCCCACAAAAACAGACUUAAGGGAGCCAAAAGCAUUUGGGAUGAGUUUACCUUCCAAAACAUUGACUGGUGACCUUGAAAUGUCAAAAGACGAAAUCGUACUAACUGAAGCUUCCGAUUCAGGUGUACAUAAUAUUAUAACUGAAAGUGAUCAGACUAUUCCUGCAGCUAGCUCAUGUCUGUUAACAGAUAACGUAGAGCAUUUCAUGGAUUCUAUUCAUAGAGCUUUUAGUGACGAUAAAGUACAGCAGGGAAUUAAGUCUGAGAAUGUCAUAGUUUGUCCUAAGGUCGAUAGGGUAUCCACUCCGCCAACUGUUCCGGUAAGCCCAUUACCGAAAGUACCAAGUAAUUUCCAGGAUGUUAAAGUGAGUGACGGUGUCCAAAGUGAGGUCACAUAUGACAAAUCGGAUAGCACCGAAGAAACUAUCACGAAAGUCGUACACGUUGGUGAUGAUAUACUCACUCAGAAAAUAUCAACCUCUACAGAAAAGGUUUCCAAGACGGCAAAAUCUGGCUUAGAUAAAGAUGAAGACUCUGAUUUUUCAUCGUUAUUGCAAACAGUGGGAAAAAUUAAGACCGAAACCGAUACAGUGACAAAAAUAAUAAAAGAGGGUGAGAACGUAGUGACACAAACAAUUACUACAGUAACAACAAAAGAAAUAAUAUCCAGAGAAGAUGGUACUCCACAAAAUGUUAAAACUACCAUUGAAACUACUACACUUAGUAAGAGUUCUGAUGGCUCCACAACGACAACCAAAGAUACUCAAACACUUCUUUCAGAAUGCUCUUCCAGCCUGAAGUCUACCUCGUUAAUGGAUUUAUAUGCAAAAGAUAACAAAUUAGAUAAAUUGUACCUCGACACAUGUGAUGAAAAGUCUGACAUAAAUUCACAUGUAAAGGAUGACAGUGAAAAGAUAUCUCAAAAAUCAGCUACGGAAAUCGCACAAAUAGCUAAGGAUGAUCAUUUUAUAAAAUCUGAUUAUCUGUUGGAAUCCGAUGAAUCUGAUGAUAAUGUGGAAGACACCGUCAUUGAUACUGACGUAAGCAAGCGUAUAAUUAAAGAAAAUAAUGUUGAUAUUAUUGAAACUAUUACAACUGUUACAAAGAAAGAAACAAUUAAAAUUGAUGAGGAUAAAAAAGUUAUUAAAACGACUAUAGAAACAAACAUUACAAAAGAACAUCCGGAUGGUUCUCAAAAUAUUCAAAAAAAUGUUGAAGUUAAAACAGAAGAAGUACUUUUUGAUGCUGAUGCAGGUAACCUUGAAAAAAUUCUCUCUGAAUAUGUCCCUUAUGGAGAUUCUGAAGAAAGCGUAUCAACAAAAUCAGAGGAAAUUACUAAAGAUGACAUUAUUAUCAAGAGACAAAUAUUGACUAGAACUAUUAAGACAAGGUAUGCAAAUAGUAGUGGAAAAGUACAAAAAAUUAAGACAGUAACUACAGUUACAACUACAGAUGACUAUCCAGAUGGUUCAUCUCGAACAAAAAUUGAUUGCAGCACUUCUUUAACUGAUGUUGAAGAUAGCGAUGUGGUCGAAAGUACAGAACUAACUGAUUAUACAAUUAUAGAGGAUAAGACUGUUGAUGUUACAAAGGAAGAAAAAUAUACUGUUCUUCAUGGAAAAAAUAUUCGUCAGUUUAUUACAACAACAGUGACUAAGGAAAUCCUUGCCAACACAGACCGAACUAAGAAAAAAGUUAAAACGACUACUGAAACAGUCACUGAAUCCUUAACUCCUGAUGGAGUAACUGAAGUCAAUAAAGAAUGUAAAGUGACGAUUUCUGAUUAUAGUACUGAUAUCGAAGAUGAAAUACCCGAAGGAUUUGAAUCCAAAGGAGAGCCUAGUAUAGAAGCCAAUGAAGAAACAGAAAUCAUCAAUGAAGGUGGAAUAACUAUUCGAAGAAAGACAGUUAUAACUGUUAUUAAACAAGAAUAUCACAACACAACAGAAAAUAUUAAACGAACUAAAAUAACAACGAAAACAGUAGUAGAGGAUGAGCAUCCUGAUGGGUCUGUUAUUACGAAAACUACUGAAAAAAUUUCUAUUGUUGAUGACAUUUUAAACACAAUACCACAAGAGAAGACACCUUUGACUCACAGUGAAAAUAUUUCAGCGAAACCCACCCAUACUGACGUUGUAGAAGAUAAUGCUCCGAUUGAAGAGGUUCUAAAAGAACUUAUGUUAGUCGGUGAUCCAGAAGAAAGCGAAACAUGUGAUGUUAAAGAAAUAAAACACGAGGAUCUAGUAAUAAAAAGAACUAUUCUUACCAAAAUAGUAAAAACAAAAUAUGCAGAUAAUCAUGGUUCGGUAAAGAAAAUUAAAACUAUAACAACAAUUACUACCACAGAUAAAUAUCCUGAUGGUUCUUCACGUAUCAAUGUGGAGAAAAGACAAUCAAUAACUGACGUCGAUGCAGAAGGCGGUACACAACCUAAAGAACUCAAAGAAUUUUCGGAGUUAAUAGAUAAAUUUGUGAAUGUUGAUAAUCAUCAGAGGACUGUUAUAAGAGACGGUGUCAACGUCAAUCAGAUAAUCAAUACUAUGACUACAAAAGAAAUACUAGCAACGGAAAAUUUUAAGAAGAAAAUAGUUAAAACGACUACUGAAACUUUAACUGAAACGAAAUUACCAAAUGGAAAUACUGAGGUUACGAAAGACGUUAAAGUUUCCGUUACUGAUUAUAAUGAGGAUUCAUUUGAUGAAAAUCUUGUAGGAUAUACAAAAAUUGGAGAACCAAAUAUUCAGACAAGUACAGAAAUUGAUGAAAUUAUUGAAGACGGUAUACUAAUAAAAAGAAAGAAAACUAUUUGUACAAUUAAAGAAGAAUUCGAAAACAUUGAAAUAAAAUCAAAGAAAGUGAAAACGAUCAUCAAAACUACUAUUGAAGAUGAAUAUCCGGAUGGAUCAGUCAUUACUAAAAAAAGUGAAAAAGUCUCUAUUGGUGAUUUUCUAAUCAAAUCUCCUUCCAUUCAAGACGACGACAAAGAAGUUGAAGAAUCAUAUAUUGGAGAAAGUGAAAUAGUGGAAAAUACAUCUGAAGAUUCCGUUGUUAGAUAUGAAUUAGUACAAAAGGGUAAUACAGAAAUUAGACGCACAAUCACGACCAAAACUAAACGUGAAAUUCUAGCAAGCUCGGAUAAAGAUAUUGAACGCACUAGAACAACAAUAGAAACAAUAACAGAUGAUGAGUAUCCAAAUGGGGCAAUAGAAACUACAAAAGAUAUCAAAAUAACUAUCUCAGAAGCUCAAAAAAAUUAUAAUAGUGAUUUACAAGCGGCGCUUCGAGGUCUACUGUCCACUGGUAAAGUUAAAUCAUCGGUUGAUAAAAAAACAAACGUCAUAUUCACUGAUGAUUCCAAAAAAAUAAAUCAGACAAUCACAACUCACGUGAACAAAGAAGAAAUGUUCCAUAGUGAAAAAAAUCAAUUCGCAAUAAAAACAGUCACUGAAACUAUAACUGAAAACGCUAAUGAGGAUGGCACAAAUCAAAUAAAUAAUGAUAUAAGUACACAAGUAACUUACCUUCCUCAAGGUACGCGGCUAGAUGACUGGUCUUUUGAAGAAUUGGAAGAAAUAGAAAAACAAUCAUUAUUACGUUGUGAAGCUAGGAAAGCUAAACAAAAAGGAAAACCAACUAUAAAUCAACUACCUUUAGAAAAGAAAGUGGAUUUACAACCUGAUACGAAGGUUAAAAAACGUUCUCCGGUUGGAGAAAUUACUACUGAAACUGAUACCUUUACUAAAGUUAUAAAAGAUGGUGACAGUGAGAUAACACAAACCAUUACUGUAGUGACAACGAAGGAAGUUGUGAGUCCUGAAAAAAUAAAAGUAACAGUUGAAACUACAACAGUAAGUAGAGGUAGCGAUGGUGUAACGAAAACAACAAAAUCCACUAAAACAACCAUAUCAGAGAUAAAGGAAGAAUUUGAAGAGAUAAUAGACACGGGUGAAAGUGAAAAAUCAUUUUCCAAGCACUCCUCCAAAACUGGUGAUAUGAGAAGUUCAUCUGCAGCUAGUGACGACUUAGAUCAUCCCGGCAUAUCAUCGCCACCAUCGGACAUAAGUUCAAGAGAAUCAAGAGCGGCUACGCACAUUUGGGGUACGGAAAGUAGUGGUAUGUACUAUAGUGAUGACGAUGGACAGGUCAGUCCGAGUAGUACAAAGUCUCAAAUUGCGCAUUCACCGCGAUCAAAUUUGAGUUUUGAAUUAGACACAAAAUUACCAUCACAUCGAGAAUCCAGUCAUGAAAUGUUGGCGGAAAAGACCGAGUUUGACCCAAUGUCAACCUCAAUUUAUGGUCAAUUGCCCGAUGACGAGUCGUGUACACAUUCAAUACAUUCAGAGGAAAAGACUGAAACACUACUAACUGAUGAGCCACUAACAAAAAUGACCGAAGAAUUUUUGACACUUGAAAAAAUGAAAUCUGAGUCAACAAAAUGUACUAGCAAAACUUCAGAUGCUUCAUUUUUGAAAGAGGCUGAUGAGCAUUUUGAAAAAGCAAUUGAAGAACAUAAGAAGGUCAGUGGAUCGAAAGUAAUAUCGAGUGUCACCGGUAAAUAUACACUUGAUCAAGAUAGUUGCACAAGUACGGAAAAGCAAGAAUCUAAAACAGAAGAGAGUUCUUUAACACUUCAAAAUGUCAAAGUAGAAUCGAAAAAACUAUCUCACACGAGCUCUUCAACGAGUAAAGAAAGUAAAACAGAAAAGUCGGAACGUUCCGAGUUAUGUAGUCCUCUCCAAGACCCCAUCGAAUCAUGGGGUAAACCAUUAGGCUUACCGAGUCCAAUAUUACCGUCAGCCAAUCAAAGUGAUGGUAAAAGCACGCCGAAAAAGCAACUUGCAAAUUCAACGGUAGCUAAUAAGAAUAAGAUUAAUCAGGAAAAGAGUAAAGAAGUAAAACGAGCUGCCGAAUCACCUAGUAAGAAAAAAGCCCCCGCCCCGAUAUAUAUGGACUUAACUUAUGUUCCUCAUCAUGGGAAUUCAUACUAUUCUGCCGUUGAAUUCUUCAAGAGAGUCCGUGCGCGCUACUAUGUAUUUUCAGGGACUGAACCAUCAAAAGAAAUUUACAACGCUCUCCUUGAUGCUAAGAAGACAUGGGAAAAUAAAGAUUUAGAAGUAACAAUAAUUCCCACGUACGAUACCGACGUUCUCGGCUACUGGGUCACGGAGAACGAGGAGGCGUUGGAGAAGUACAAGAUCGACCUGUCGCCCUCGGCCUCGCGCUGCACCAUCAACUUGCAAGACCACGAGACGUCGUGCGCGGCGUACAGGCUUGAGUUCUAGGUGUCGGGUCUAUUUGUGGCCUUCUCAUCGAAGAAGUGAUUUCCUCAACACUAAGUGCUUUUGAAUGGGGAACCAAAGAGAGUGGAUUGAUUGCUGUAGGGUAUUUAGGCUGUGAUAAAGAACCGAGCAUUCAAAAGCACUUACGCAGGACGCUUUUUCGCAUGAGAUAGUUUGCAAAUAGAUGCAGUAAAAGACUAUGUGAUAUUCGAAUGUAAUGCAACAGACUGCCGAGUGUAAUAAAGUGUAGUGUGGUAACGACGGCCGGCGGUGGCCGAAGCGAUGGAGUCCUAAUCCAAUUCGAACGUCAAUAACAAAAUUCUCGACCUAAGAACAGAAACGUCCAUUUUUUUCUAAAACUGUUUUCUAGUAGCGUCAUUGACAAAAAAAUAGUACAUGCCAUUAAAAUAUUUUUCUGACAGUAUUUUUGAAUUUGGUCUUAUACAGUAGUGCUUUUAUACACGAUUUUUAGCGAAACCAGUCCAUUUUGUUUAGCCAAAACACCGCUUGUGCGAAAAAUCUAAAUUUUUGAAAAAUUAUUUUGCUAAAGCAUCGACUUCUAAAUAGAGGGUAUGGUUAUUAUACGAGUAAGUAUAGUUAUUGCAAACAAGGCUAACCGUUAUUUUAGCAAAUCGCUUAAUAAAAGGACGUAAUAUUUUAAAUGUAAGUCCGAUACUGAUUGAUAGACGAUAAUUUCAAGGACGAGCGUUAAAUUUCAUCUAAAUUACACAAAUGAUUUUGUAAUAUAUGAUUGAAGUUUAAAAAUUAUAUAGAUAUUUAAUAAUUGUCUUAAAAAGACGCUUAUGAAGUCAAACGACCAGCUAGUGCUGCUUGCACUCACAUACAUUCUUAUUGAUAGAAUCGACGUCAUUCUGUUCAAAACUCUUCUAGAAAGGCAAAAAUUUAUAAUAUUUCCCACACCAUGUCACACAAGGUAUGCAAAUAUUAAAAAAAAUAGAUUCCUCAAUAUUUUCUUUAAUUAAAUGUCAUAUACUUGUGUUACAUGUAGUUGAUAAUGGACCAAAUUACAUUUUUUUGAAUGUUAUUCAAAACGUUUCGCCACAAUAUGUAACAUUAAAUAUAGAAAUAACUAAAAAGUGCCUGUACUUAAUUAUUUCUAUAUGUUGAUGUGCCAGGGUAUAUUUUAUUUUGUACGACGAAUUAUAGCGAAAUAUGGUCAAAGUCAUACUUUUUGUCUUUCUAGAACCAAUCAGCCUAAGACGAUAGAGAGCUUACUCCAUAUUGAAUAAAUGUUUUAUUAGAAUUAUAAAUACAAAUAAAACAAUAUAUUUACCUUUGUUUUAAGUUGAAAUCCGCUUGUUGCGUCGAUGACUAUGAUAUAGUAUAGCUGGAUGUUGUUUAAAUUUAACUCAUUCAUGUACAGACUGUAAAAUGCUAACAGAAUCUCUGAUUUUUGUAAUCGUUUUUGGCAUCGUUAUAUUUGGUCUAUAUUCAUGGAAUAGUUUAAAUUUCUAGUCGAGUCCAACCCGAAUACCAAUGAACACGUAGAAGUAUUAUAUGUUCCUAUUUGAAUUGAUUUAUAGUAUUUUUAUCUGUUGUUUUCAAUUUAGCGUAACUAACCUACGUGUAAUAAUAGACUUCCCCUUUUAGAAGAAUAUUUGUUUGAAACUUAUACUGUUACAUUCAAGUUGUGUGAGAGAAUGUGAUAUUGAUAAAAAUCAUUAAAUUGUACCAUCUAGUCUAGGUGAUAAGCUGUAAGAGAACUUUCCUGGAUUAAAUCAAAGUUUCCUCCUUUCAUUGUUUGCCAAUUCGCGUGAAGGUUUUGAGUCAAUUAAUUUUAAGUCAUCCAUAGUGUUAAGCCGAACUUCAACGUUUCGUCGGUCAUCGCUUUCUUUGCCAAACUUUUCUAACUAUAGUUAAAAUAGCGGAUACGAUUCUGUGUAAUUGAAAGCACCAGCACAACGUAAUGACAUAAAAAUAACGAUUAAAGCAUUAACAGAUUCAUAAAAGAUAUUGUAUACUAUAACGAUAUAUUUAUUUUGUAUUGUAACAAUAUUGUGAGUACGAAUGUGAAUUUAUUUUAUAGUUAUAUGGAUAUUAUUAUCGAUAUUAAAUAAUAUGUUAACUGAGUGUUGGUUGAUGUGAGCACAAUAAAUGUUUGUUUCUGUUUCUGGUUACGUGAGAUGCUUUUACCCGUUGUGAAUGGGACUAAACAGGGAGAUGAAUGUUUAAACUUUAAAUGUACUGCGGUUCGUCGCCGGUGUAUUGCGCGUGAGACCACUCCUAGGCUCGUGUUUUGUGGCUCGCCUGGUUUAGAUGAGUUUAGGCUUCCGCUUCUGACGCACGGCAAAAGGAUGUGCUUCUCUGUGACAUACUCUUAUGGCGACUUCUGUCUCUUUAUAUUAUGUGUUCAAUACAGAUUCCGCUAUUGCUUGUUGAGAUCUACUGAGCGUACACCGGCGUGGGACUGAGCUUUUUUGAGUGUUAGGGGUUUUUUCAUCGGCUUCCUCCUCUCGAGCCGGCUCCACCAUCCAGCUGGCUCCGAAGCCGGACCCAAAAGUUUACUAUUGUAUUUUAUAGCUAGAACUCUAAUUAAUGCAUAUUAUAUUAGGAAUAUUAAAAAUGUUAUUAAAAUAAGAAUUGUAUCAGCUUAGUCAACAUCAAUAGCUCUGAGAAAUAAAUCAUUAUUAAAAUUAUUAAAUGUUGUAUUCUUCCACUGAUCACGUUCGUUGGUUUUGUCAUAUAUUUUGCAAGAUAUGAUAUGAGAACCUCAAAUAGAUAUACAUAAUAUGAAAACCUCAGCAGUUGUUUCGCCUUCCUUAUACUCUGAAAUAACUUCAAACAUUUCAAGUUUAGCUAUUCCUUCCAUACUUUCACCUAUUUCUUUCUUGUUUAAAACAAAUAGUUUGAUACUAUCUCUCUGUGAAUUAAUUUCUUUUUCUUCUAUUAAUUUAAUCAUAUUUUCAGUUUUAAGACUUAUAUUAACUUAAGUAUGGGCUAUUUUACAAGAUGUGGUUGGUAGCGGUUGGAUAUACGAGUUUGGAUAGGCUUUGUGGUGCUAAUAACAGCUAUGCUAGGCGAGUUAGCUGUACUGUUUUGAUUAUAUUUCCUAAAUAAGCUAGGACUAUAAGAGAAUAAGUGAUUAAGUAUAAUUGUUUUUGCAUUUUUGCGUUGUUAAGUAGUCUUUGCUUAUUUUGGGAAUAGCACGUUGAUAACACGCUUAAUGGUUAGAGACUGACUUGUGUGUAUUGUAUGAACGAAUAUAUAUAUAUUUUAAGAAGCUUACAUAGAUUUUAUUGAAUUGUCCUGAAUAGUGGUUACAAAAUGAUAAGCUGAGAUCGAUUUGGCUAAAUAAACUAAGCGCCUGAACAAAAAUUACGACUACAACAUAAUUUUAUUGCUAUCAUAGAACUUUAAGGCGCUUUUUUAUUUUUCCAUAAUCUUCUUUUAUUAUUUAUUAAUAUUAUUUAACGGAAAUCGGUUACAGAAUAAUUAUGAGUUCAGUUAUUUUUCAAAUAUUUAGAAAAUAUGCGCUAUAGUGUCGCUGUGUUUCGACUCUGCGUUAGUAUGGCUUGACCUUUAUUUUUUAAUUUAAGUAUUAUCUAAGUACCUACUUUCGAUUGUUUAAUAAUUUCAAUAAUGAUUGUGAAUCCUCACAUGGAUGUUUUAGGUAUUUGUAACGAUUUCUGUAUUAUUGUAAAAGGAUAAAAUAAUAAUAACGACCAUAGAAUUCAAAAUAAGAUGAUAGAAAUGGUGGCUGGUCUUCAAUACCCGGACAGUGAGCGUGUCUGCAAAUUCAAGCAUCUCACACGUUCAGAAAUAAUUCGAUACCACAUAAUAAAUAUCUUUAAGGUUUAAAGCAACGGUAAUGCAAGCCAGUACCUACCUACGUCUGUUUUUACACUAUGUGCCUACUUAAAUUUUCCAUAAACAUUUGUUUUGUUCCUGACUAACUCAUCCUCCUUUGCCGCUUCUAAAAGACCUAUUUUGAAUUCUGUGGUAACGACCACUCAUUGUAUCAGUCAUGUCGCUAUUCUCCAUUCAGCGUGUGUGGUGAGGUGUUAGGAUCAUUACAAGUAAUAAAAAUAUUUCAAAAUU